CUCAUUCCACCCCACUACUCUCACGCGUCAACCAGUGCUCUCUUGCAUCCCCAUUCAUAGUCAAGUCACUCAUCCAUUACCGAAUUCAACUUUCGAAUUUAUCAACUUUUAAAAUGCCUCCCAAAGCUGCCGAGAAGAAGCCUAGCACUGGCGGCAAAGCCCCUGCUGGCAAGGCCCCAGCUGAGAAGAAGGAAGCUGGAAAGAAGACCGCCGCUGCUGCCUCUGGCGAGAAGAAGAAGCGCGGAAAGACCAGGAAGGAGACCUACUCUUCUUACAUCUACAAGGUCCUCAAGCAAGUGCACCCGGACACUGGUAUCUCCACCCGUGCUAUGUCUAUUCUGAACUCUUUCGUCAAUGAUAUCUUUGAGCGCGUUGCGACGGAGGCGUCCAAGCUCGCUGCUUAUAACAAGAAGUCCACCAUAUCAUCUCGAGAAAUCCAGACCUCUGUGAGGCUGAUUCUGCCCGGAGAACUCGCCAAGCACGCUGUGUCUGAGGGCACCAAGGCCGUUACGAAGUAUUCCUCAUCUGCCAAAUAGGCUUUUCUCGGCAUCUUUUCUUUUUUUAAUUGCACGGAUAUGUUCUUUGUUUCGUUACUCGUCAUCUUGAACGGUUUUGAGGCGGCGGGUUAAAGGGUGUUCGCGGGAUUUCUAACGUGUCAUGGGAUGGUCUUUUUUUUCCUAUUUGUUCUAUUUCCCCUCGGGUCAAAUGUCGUCUUUCAACGCCUUCAGUUUUAUGGAAACAUGGAUGUGGUGUAACAUAACUUGAGUUCUGGAACCGGUUGUAUAAAUACCCUUCCUCGAAUUCGAAUCCAAUGCUUUCAUGGAAAGUUCUAAU